UUCAAGUCAAAAGAGGAAAGAACAAAGAGAGUUUAGUAUUCAUCACCAAUAUGGGCUCAGCUGUGAUAGAUAUUCCAGAUGGAGAGGGAGUUGGAGUUACUCUUAAAGAGAAGAAGAAAUUUCAAUUUUCUCUUCAACCCAUUAUUUCCUUUCUAAGAGAAAACAAUAAGAAGAUCCAAUUUUCUCUUCCUCCCAUUGUUUCCUACCUUAGAGAAAAGAAAACUAAGCAUGACAUGAGAAGAGUUAUUCACAGUACCAAAGUUGGAGUUGCCCUUGUUUUGGUUUCACUUCUCUUCCUCUUGGAUCCUAUUUAUGUUCAAGUUGGAGAUAAUGCCAUGUGGGCUAUAAUGACUGUUGUGGUCAUCUUUGAGUUCUAUGCAGGUGCUACACUAAGCAAGGGUUUGAACCGUGGAAUGGGAACCAUAUUAGGAGGUGGGCUAGGGUGUUUAGCAGCAGCUUUAGCUCAAGAAGUUGGUGGGAAGAUUGGUCACGCAAUUGUUGUAGGCAUUUUUGUUUUUAUUUUUGCUGCAGCAGCAACAUAUGCACGAUUAGUCCCAAGAAUUAAGAAGAGAUAUGACUACGGGGCCUUGAUUUUCAUCCUCACCUUCAAUCUAGUUGUGGUAUCGGGUGUACGUGCUGUAAAGGUCUUGCAAAUAGCACGCGAACGUCUCUUAACAAUCGGGAUGGGUUUUGCCAUCUGCAUUUUCAUAAGCUUGCUCAUCUUCCCAAUAUGGGCUAGUGAUGAACUUCAUGACUCUAUAGCAUCCAAAUUUGAAGACCUUGCGCGAUCUAUUGAAGGAUGCAUGGAAGAAUACUUCGGUAUUGUGAACGAAAAAGAAAGUCAGCCCAGUGCCAAAAAUUCUAGUAGUUGCAAAUCUGUCUUAUACUCCAAGUCGAAGGAUGAGUCAUUGGCAAAUUUUGCAAAAUGGGAGCCAUGGCAUGGAAAAUUUGGGCUUUACUACCCUUGGGGAAGAUAUCUGCAGAUGGGAGAGCAUCUUAGAGAGCUGACAGCAACCAUCAUUUCAAUGGAAGGCUGUCUUCAAUCUCCUAGACAGCCCUCGACAACUCUGAGACACUUGUUCAAAGAACCAUGCGAAGCAGUUGUCUCAUUACUUGCAAGCACUCUAAGAGAGCUUAGAGAGAGUAUCUUGAAAAUGAGAGUAUGCCAUGCAGAGAAAAUAGUGCCAAAGUUGAAGUCAAAGAGACUAGAGUUCAGCUUGGUCAUUUCUCCCUCAAAGCUAGCAACUAUAGAGAAUGGUGAAGGAUAUACAAUAGCAACCUUUAUGUUCUUAUUGAUGGAGAUGGUGAAAAAGGUGGAAGAACUGGCAAAAGAGGUGGAAGAACUUGGAGAACCUGCUGGUUUUAGUACUUAUUAGCUUUAAUUUAUUGCUCCCUCUAAUCUAUGAGCAGUUGCUGUACAUAACCAUUUGCCACUUUUUUUUGGCUUUGGUAUAUGCAUAUAUGUUUUUUGGGAAAGAAGAAAAAGAUAUGGGGGUGGUGUUUAUAGGAAAUGACUAUAUAAUCAGGGUUGUUU